CCGCCGCCUCGUCGCUUCCCGCCCUUUUCGCCCUUUCCCCUCAGCGGCCCCAGGGAGGGGCCGCCGACUCGCCCGCCCCCCGCUUUUUCUCCGAGGCCAUGGAAAAAGAAAACCCGUUUAAAUUGUUCGUGCCGCCGCGUCUGAGCGCUGGGCAGCCGUCUGCGGUCAGAACCCAGGGUUUUAACAAAUGCCCAGGUGAUGAUUUUAAGUUGCCAUUCCGUACCCUGAACCGUGGUGAAGUCGCUGAUUCAGCUACAAUGUCACAGCAAGUAAAACUUUGCUCUGAAGUAGAUGAAGAGAAUAUAGAAACAAUGAAUGAAUUGUACUCAAAACUCUACAAAGAGGCUGAGAAGAUCAAGCAGUGGAAACUGUCUGUGGAAUCAGAACUAAAUCAGAAAGAAAGAAAACUGCAAGAAAAUAGAAAUAUUAUUGAAGCACAGCAUAAAACCAUUCAAGAACUGCAGUUUGAAAAUGAAAAACUCCAUUUAAAACUGGAAGAUGAGCUAUGUGAAAAGAAAGAUCUCUUGAAAGAAAACACCGCUUCAAGGCAUCUGUGCAAUCUGCUCAAGGAAACCUGCACUCACUUCACAGAGAAGACCAGCAAAUAUGAACAGGAAAGAGAAGAAACAAGACAACUGUACGAGGAACUUCACAGCAACAUAGAAAGGAUGACAGUGGCGUUUGAAGAGCUUCGUGGGCAAGCAGAGAAUGACAGAUUGGAAAUGAGUUUCAAAUUAAAAGAAGAAGCAGAAAAAAUGGAGAAGCUCAAAAGAGAUUGCAAACUGGAAGUCAGUCAGAAGGAAGAGCAGAUUUCAGCUCUUAUCAUACAGAGUGAUGAAAAAGAUGAUGUAAUAAGAGACAUCAAGGCUCAGCUGCAGGAAUCACAAAAUAAGAUUGCUGACUUAAUAGAAGAAAAAAGAGAAAUGUUAAAGGAAUCCCAGGUCAAUCAAGAACAUUUGAGAGCAGAGCUGAAGGAGGCCAAAACUUCAUUGGAAAAGGCAGAGGUUACUCAAAAGAGCUUAGAAAACGAAUUCCAGACUACAGUGAAAACAUUAAUUCAGGUCACUGAAGAAAAAGAAGCACAGGAGGAAGAAUGUAAAAAAACUAAGGCUUUGCAUGCAGCCCUGACAGCAGAGUUUGAGACUUCUAUUGCCAAUUUGAAAAGCUUGCUGCAAAAAGAGCAAAAUAGAUUAGAGAAAUGUGAAGACGAGUCCAAGCUGCUUACCUUGGAGCUCAGAAAUAAAUCUGCUGAACUGGAAGAGAUGACUAAACUAAAAUGUGACAAAGAAAUGCAGGUUGAAGAACUGUCAGGAACACUGGAGAAAAUUGAAGGACUUUUACUGAAGAAGGAGCACCUUGAGGCUACUGUGGAAAGUUUGCAGGAGAGAGAAGAAGAAACAAAAAAUGUUCUCCAAAUGAGAGAGAAAGAAAUCCACGAUUUGAAAGCACAACUGACUAGUACAGCUGAAAAGGAACAAGAUUAUUUGAACCAGCUUUUGACUCUGAAAACGGAUCUUGAACAAGAGAUGUUAAAGAAUGAACAACUGACUGUGUGUAUCAAUAAGCUUUCACUAGAGAAGGAACAAAUAGCACAAGAGAAAAGUGAUGUGGCUGCAGAACUCAAGAAACUGCAAGAAAGUCACAAGGAUAGCAAGAAAAAUGAAGAGAAUACAAAGCAGUUAGUUGAAAACCUGGAAGAGGCAAACGACCAGCUAAGAAAUGAACUGGAGUCUUUGAAGGAGAAAAUGGCAAAGACAGGGGAAGAGAUUGAAAGUAAACUGGAUGAAAGAGAAGAAAAUAUGAAUAAUUUAAAGAAACAGGUGGAAAAUAAAACCAAAUGCAUUGAAGAGUUGCAGCAGGAGAAUAAGGUGCUGAAAAAGAAAAUUACUGCAGAAAGCAAGAAAACCAGUAUUUAUGAAGGAAAGGUGAAUAAAUUGCAGUUAGAGCUGGAAAAUAUGAACAAGCAACAUAAGGAAACAGUUGACAGCUAUCAAAAAGACAUUGAAACAAAAAAAGUAAAUGAAAAUAAACUUCAUGAAGAGGUAGAAAAGUUGAAGUUGCUUUAUGAUGAAGCAACAAUGAUACAGAGAGAAACUGAUAUCCGAUGUCAGCACAAGAUAAAAGAAAUGGUGGCACUAAUGGAAAAACACAAGCAUGAAUAUGACAAAAUGGUUGAAGAAAAAGAUGCGGAGUUAAAACUAUAUAAAAUUAAGCAGCAAGAGCAGUUAUCAUCAGAAAGAUCACUGGAAAGUGAGCUGUCACGUUUGAAAAGCGAACUGUCAUCCCUUAAGGAACAACUGAAAGAAGAAAUCGAGGAAAAGGAGAAUCUUGUGAAAAAACACUCCCAAAAUAGGGUUCCUGAAACUGAAAUGGAGCACAAGACCUAUGUGAUCAAGACUCCUCCAGUCCAUACCCUGCAGGGGGAGAGAAGCACAACUCUGCCUCCCGAGCAGAGCACGAGGAAAAAGCAGAAAGUGCUUCUUCAUCUGGACACUCACUCGGACAGCUCUGAGCACAGUGACCUCCUGAGCAUGGUCUCGGAAGAGAAAAUGUUUAAGAAGUUGUACCAAGAUUAUCCUCAAGCUUCACAAUUAUAUUCCACAGCACCAAAAAAGACGCCGACUCUCUCCAGUGUGAAAUCUCCAGGCUCUGCACUGAAACUCAAAGCCAUGAGGAAGAUGCACGAGGCAGGAUGGGCUGCGGUUUCCAAAGUGGACAGGAGAAGAAAAAUAAAAGAAGUUGCAAAGUUCUUUGCUUAAAAUGCAGAAAUGACCAGUGCCCUGGCAUUAUUUAUCAGUGCCAGUAACAGUGGCACUAAUAACAGUGUUGUUAUUCUUUCAGAGUUAGUACUUUGGUGCAUUUUUCUGUCAUACUCAGUGUGUUGAAUACUACAUUCAUUUCCAUUACACACAUAAACUUCACAGAUCCAGAGCUACAUCCACCUGCAGAGCCUUUCCCACCUUUUCCUCCU